AUGCUUCUGAGAAAUUUAGAUGCUACUAGUGGACAUUGCAAUGGCACACGCUACCCCAUUGUCAGUUUACAUGAUCAUGUUACUGAGGCUGAAGUUACUUCUGAUCCUUAUGUAGGACCAAGUCUGCUAAUCCCAAGCAUGCGACAUGUAUCUCAAGAAAUGGAAUUUCCAUUCACAUUUACACGAAAACAAUUUCCUGUCAAGCCAGCUUUUGCCUUCACGUGCAACAAGGCACAGACUUUUGAACAAAUUGGGAUAUAUCUUCCGACACAAUUCUUUUCACAUGGACAUCUGUAUGUUGCACUAUCUAGAGUUCGAAAGAAGGCUAAUGUAAAAAUAUUGGCUGAGAGAAAUGGAAACAGUAUGAUUACUGACAAUUGUGUCUACGAGGAGAUACUAGUUUAA